AUUUAUUUGUCGUAUGGAAGCGACAGUUAUGAACCAGUGGAGAAGAAACGUCCAUAUUUUUCUAAAACAUUUAAUGUAGAAAUGUUUAUAACCUUUAGUGUUUUCGAAUAUGUGCCGAAUAAUUGUUGCGCUUUCAUUAUGAAGGGAAACUGAACCGGAAGUGUAGCUACCGUUGAUGCUAUCAUAGCUAGUAAUGGAUCGACCUGGUGAAACAGCGUGGAGGCCACCAAGAGUAUGUGAGGACUAUUGGAGCGAGUUCAGACACUGUAAAAGUUUCAGGAAUUUUUUUCACCACUACUAUACAUAUGGUACCACCCCAUCCUGUCAACAGUGGAAAGAUGACUACCAUAACUGCAGAGAGUGGGAAGAACACAGAAACAAAGAUACCAAGGUGAAGCUUUGCAGAAAAGUGAGAGGAACCGAGUGGCAGAGCAAAAAAAACUUCAUUCCAGUGUGGAACCUGAGGCAGGAGCCUCCAGAGGACUGGCACAUGCCCCUGAAUCAGGAAAACCCACGAGACUCCUGAACUGUGACCAUAACCUUGCUAUCACUGCUUCAUAAACUUUCACUUCAUGGACAUUACUUCCAACAGAGCUACAAUCACACUCAUUGCCAUGAUAGGGUGUACUCAGAAACUGAUGUGUGCCAUUUUCUGAAACAGUGUUGGCAUCUACUGGUCUAAUUAACAAGUGAAUUACAUGAUCUCUAUAACAUGGUGCUGUUUGUUAGAAAUAUGGAGUUCUGGUGUCAACAUUGAAGCAUGACUGCAGGAAGAAACUCACUAAAAAUUAAUAUCAUGUUGAUAUCUCUGAUUUGA